CGUGCAUCGGUAAUUACAGGGAUCGUCAACUUUCCACGUCUCAAGAAGCUGAUUUUAGCAAACAACUUCGGAAUGGCUUCAAGAUUGUUUCUGCAAAGAACAUUACCCGCCUUUCAAAAGGCUGCCUUUAUGCGUACGGCCGCCCCAUUUAGCCGCAGUUUCUCAUACACCCCGAGAAACUUGAAUAAUUCUGAACCACCAAAGAGAACCCCCGCCGAUCAAAAGGCUGCUCAACUUAUCAAUGCUGCUCCUUCUACCUCUUUAUUGACCAAGUCUGGUGUCCUUACUGUUACUGCUGCUGCUCUCGCUACUGCUAUUUCCAAGGGCAUUUACGUUGUUAACGAAGAAACCAUUGUUGUUGCUUCUUUCCUUGGUCUUUUGGGUGUCUUCGGUACCCUUGGCCGUAAGGCUUACAACGAGUGGUCUGAGAAGACAAUCAACAACAUUGCCAAUAUCUUGGAAACUUCUCGUGAAGGCCAUAAAGAUGCUAUUCAAGAGCGCAUUCAACAAGUUUCUGGCCUGCAAGAUGUGGAAGAGAUCACCAAGGUCUUGUUCAACACCUCAAAGGAUACUGCUCGUAUGGAAGCCGAAAUUUUUGAACUCGAGCAACAAGUUGCUUUGACCCAUCAAGCCAAAUCAGUUUUGGAUAGCUGGGUUAACCAUGAAGCUUCCAUUCGUGCUGAUCAACAAAAGCGUUUGGUCUCUGAAGUCUUGAGCCGCGUCGACAGCAAGGUCUCUACACAGAAGUUCCAGCAAGAAGCUUUGAACGAAAGUGUUGCUGAGGUUGAGAAGGUUUUGGCUACCGCUUAAAGUUUACAAUCUUGUAAACCAAUUAAGCCGUUCUUAAUUCGAUCAAAUUCUUCGUUCCUUAACUCGAGUUAAUAGGCUUUCCUUAUAGUAGUCGAAAGAUCCACUUUGCUUUUGCAAAGGAUUUCGAAUAAUAACUUUUACUUAACCCCCUUCUCUUUUCGUCUUUGGCCAGUCGCAAAUAAUAAUUACUUUUAUGAAAUGAUUCUUACAUAUCAUAAAUAUAGCUUGUAAAUCCUUUUUUACCUUUUUUUCAAUAUUCUU